UAGACUUAUCUCUUCUUUGUUAUAUAAGGAAUGUGUAGUUAUAUACUUAUUAAGCGCACGCGCAUACACAUAAAAAAGAGAGAUCGUCGAGAGAGAGAGAGAGAGAUAGAUUAAUGUGGAGGACUUAAGUCGAUCGAUUGGCAUGAAGUCGCAGCUGCUCUUUCUGGCUUUCUUUCUUUCAGAAAUUCACUUCAUCUACUCACUUACUGAUCCUAAUGAUGCUACUAUACUCAACGCCCUGAAGUACGCGUGGAAAAACACACCACCAAGCUGGGAGUAUUCAGAGGAUGCAUGUAGUUGGGAAGGAGUUACUUGCAACAGUUCUACUUAUAGGGUUACUGGCUUGAAAUUAUCAACGAUGGGCUUAGAAGGGAAGCUUGAAGGUGACAUUGGGGAACUCACUGAAUUGACAACAUUGGACCUAUCGUCUAACCGUGGACUCUCAGGUUCCCUCUCUCCACGGCUUGGGAAUUUGCAAAAGCUAAAUUUCCUAAUCCUAGCUGGUUGUAGCUUUAGUGGUGAUAUUCCAGAUGAAUUGGGAAAUCUUUCAGAGCUCCUCUUCUUGGCUCUCAAUUCAAACAACUUAACUGGAAAUAUACCUCCAUCUUUAGGUAAAUUCUCCAAACUCUAUUGGCUAGACCUUGCAGAGAAUAUGUUGACAGGACCUCUCCCAAUAUCAACAUCCAUGGCCCCAGGCUUGGACCAUCUUUUGGUGGCUAAACACUUCCAUUUCAAUAAGAACAAGCUAUCAGGUCCCAUUCCAGCCAAACUCUUCAGCUCUAAUAUGAAAUUGAUACACAUAUUAUUUGAUGGAAAUCAACUUUCUGGAAGUAUCCCACCAACAUUAGGACUUGUAAACAGUCUUGAAGUUCUUCGGCUUGACAGAAAUGCUUUGACAGAAAGUGUCCCAAAUCUCAGCAACCUAACAAAUAUCGUUGUAUUGAAUUUAGCUCUAAAUAAAUUGACGGGCACUUUACCAGACUUGACUCAAAUGACGAAACUCAAUUACUUGGACCUUAGUAAUAACUCAUUUGAGCCAUCAGAAGCUCCAACGUGGUUCUCAACCUUACCAUCACUCACCACUCUGGUUAUGGAAUAUGGGUCACUUCAAGGGCCCAUACCACGAGAUUUGUUUAGCUUUCCACAAUUACAACAAGUGAAAUUGAGAAACAACAAAUUUAAUGACACAUUGGACAUGGGUGAACAUGAAAAGAUCAGCCCACAACUGAAGCUUGUUGAUUUACAAAACAACAACAUUUCUUAUGUAAAAGUGAGCAGUAAAUACCACAAAUCCUUGAUACUAAGAGGAAACCCGGUGUGUAAUGAUGAUACUAGUAGUGUGCAUACUUACUGCCAGAUCAAAGAUCAGCAACCAAUAAAGCCUAAUUCUACUAGCUUGGCUAAUUGUGAAAAUGCAUCAUGUCCUCUUGAUCAAGAUCGUAACCCUUGGAAUUGUGAAUGUGCCUAUCCAUAUAAAGGGACAUUAUCUGUUGGAGGAUCACUUUUAAGUGAAUUAUCUAAUGCAACUGUGUUUAAAUUAUUGGAAAAUAGCUUGUUGAUGGACCAGAGUCUCCUUCCAUGUUCAAUUUAUAUUCAAGGUGCCAUAUUCAAUGGUGAUGACUAUCAUCAAGUGCAACUGGCAUUCUUUCCCUCAACUGGAAAAUACUUUAAUCGAUCAGAGAUUCAGAGAAUUGGGUUCUUCAUGGUUACUCAACGAUAUAGGCAUUAUGGUUUCCCUCAACAAUUUGAAACCUAUUCUUUUAUUGCAGACCCUUAUGCUUUCCCAGCCAAUGGUGGAGGCCGAACUUCUAUUGGCACUCAUGUAAUAAUUGGGAUAGCAUUCACUUGUGCCAUUUUGGUUCUAGGACUCCUUGGAGUAGGGAUAUAUGCAGUUCGAAAAAAGAAACGUGCAGAAGAAGCCAUUGGAUAUAGUACACCGUUUGGUUCUUGGACAUCAAGUGGCAAUGAUUGCAGUGGGGUAGCACCACAAUUAAAAGGUGCAAGAUGGUUCUCUUAUGAUGAACUCCGAAAGUGCACAAAUAAUUUUGCCGAGAGAAAUGAGAUAGGUUCUGGAGCAUUUGGCAAGGUCUAUAGAGGGUUGCUUUCUGAUGGACUAGUUGUUGCUAUCAAAAGAGCUCAGCAAGGAUCAACGCAGGGUUUACUCGAGUUCAAGACUGAAAUUGAGUUGCUUUCCCGAGUUCAUCAUAAGAAUCUUGUUGGCCUUGUGGGUUUUUGCUUUGAACAAGGAGAGCAGAUGUUGAUCUACGAAUUUAUGCCUAAUGGAACAAUUAGAGAUAGCUUAUCAGGGAAAUCUGGCAUUUAUCUUGAUUGGAAUAGAAGACUCUACGUUGCUCUUGGUUCAGCCACCGGACUAGCUUACCUACAUGAGCAUGCCAAUCCUCCUAUUAUCCAUAGAGAUGUUAAGUCCACGAAUAUUCUGUUGGAUGAAAAUUUGACUGCAAAGGUUGCAGAUUUUGGCUUGUCUAAGCUAGUAUCAGAUACUUUGAAUGGCCACGUUUCAACUCAAGUCAAAGGCACGAUGGGUUAUCUUGAUCCUGAAUAUUACCAGACUCAACAAUUAACUGUCAAGAGUGAUGUUUAUAGCUUUGGUGUAUUUAUGCUUGAAUUGAUAACAUCCAAGCGACCGAUUGAGAAGGGAAAGUACAUUGUUCAACGAGUGAGAACAACAAUGAACAAGGACGAGGAAGAGCACUAUGGCUUGUGGGAUAUGAUUGAUUCAUCCAUUAGAGACACAUCAAAUCUUAUAGGGUUUGGGAAAUUCUUGGAAAUUACCAUGCAAUGCAUUGAAGAUUCACCUGAAGACCGUCCAACAAUGAGUGAAGUGGUAAAGGCCCUUGAAACAAUUUUACAAAACAAUGGGGUGGCUUCAAGCACAUCUGCAUUGUCUCCUACAAGUGACCUUGGAGCUUCAAGGGGUGCUUCUAAGCAUGCGUACAAUGAUCCUAUGCAACAAAAGGAUGUUAAUAGCAUUGAUACAUUUGGUUAUAGUGGUGCAUACAUAGGCUCAACAAGAGUUGAACCCAAGUAGCCAAUCCUCCCCUAUAUUCUACAUUUUUGUCUUUUGCUUUUCUUUUUGUUUUUGGCUUUUAAGGGGGGAAAUAGUACUUUUGUACAGAGAGAGUUGUUUCUAAUUGUGAACAAUAUCUGACUAUGUGUUUUUGUUGUUGUUGUUGUUGUUGUUGUUGUUGUUAGGAGUACAAAGUACAAAAACCAUUGUACGAGAGUGCAAACUUUAUUCGUUUACUUAAAUUUACGAGCUUUGCUACUCA